AUGGCCUCGAGUGCAUACGAACUGCCUGGAUUACGGCUCAAGAGACAGUUCGACGAGCUAACGGAUGGCGUGCGGUGCGCAAGAGUGAAAAGCAGAAUAGGACGACCCGGUCAAAUAAUGCGUGUGAGUGGAAGUGGAAGUAGAAGUGUAAGUGCAGCAAGUGUGAACAGUGCGAAUGGUAGCGUGAAUAGUGUGACACCGUCGAUGAGUUCGGUUCUGUCGCAGCUAAAAUCUCAAAGAGAGCUGUCGUCAACGUCGUCCUGGAGCAGCGACCAGAAUUACAGUACAGCUACGUUGUCGCUGGAGGCACGGUGCGAGUUGAGUGAUAGUCGAUUUGGCAGCGUCGGGUCGCCUGGAUCCGUGUCAACGGUGUCGUCCGGUUCGUCGUCGUUUUCAUCGUCUUCGUUGUCGAUGUCGACGACGUCCGGCCUGGCUACCAGCACCACACACAACCAUCCACUGAGCAGUUUACAACAAAACAGCUGCAACUGCAACGGCAACAACACAGUCGCUGCAAACACCACACCCGUUCCGCGAUUGAAGUUGGUGAACCCGCAAGAUGUGGAUCUUACAGACCACUAUGUGUCGGCAGAACUGCUGCAACAACGCUACACACCGGUGUACCAGCGUCCCAAGCGCAAAGAGUAUCGCUCGCCUCCUCCACAACCCCGUCGCACAUCUGUGGAACUCACCAUCGACCCAAACACCAACAUCGGCACCGCCCAGUACCUGGAAAGACGUCGCAGACCGUCUUCCUGCCCGCUUUACGAUUCCAACGUAGUUGAACUAGAAAACUGGCCCAAGAAACAUCGCAACCAUCAUCAGACUCAAGAAACUCCUACGCGGUCAAACUUGACCUGUCGCACGACGUCCUCGUCGGUGCCCAACCGACGCAUACGACAACAGACGUUCAAUCCCAACUUCCUCAAACUGUACGCCAUGGAAACUACAGCCAAAACCAACAAUCUCAUACCGGAUCUCAACGUCGACGAGCAGGUGUUGCGGAGGUUGAGCUACCGCGACAUCUGGAACUUGGAAAUACCAGCGUCUUCGCAAGCGCAUGGCGUCAGCGUACGCGAUAUCAAGCUGGCGCUCAUCACUCGCAAGAAACUAUGGUCCGAUAUGAUGUGCGAGCCUCGCCAGGACCUACACGGGGACCAUGCGCCUUGGAACAUGAAGUUUGUCGUUGUUGAACCUCCCGAAGGUUCUCAAUCGACCUCAGAACCCACCACCAGGUCCCUGGUGCGAGUCAACUCCGAUAUCAAGCCCUGGAUUGGACCCUGUUCAAACCAAAUGCUACGACCAUCUGGGAAACUAAAACUUACACGAUCAAGACCCAAUCAACCGCUUCGAGAAGUGCAGUACGUGGUGAAGGGUUGGUGCGACGCACGGUUUCGGACGUAA